AAAGGUGGGGAAUGCGAAUUCCGGGAAACAUGUUGCGAUACCUUGACGUUUACUUACUCAGUCGCAAAUCGACGCGUCGCAGGUAUACAUCCACGUGUUUUACUCAGGUGUCAAAGACAGGUCUCAUCCAAUCGGCGGCGAUCGAGCCAGCAAAAUCAUCUCGCUGAUAAGAUAAUCUCUGUUCUCGACUGACAUAUCCCAUCUUAUUUACGGACUUUUUAUUGAUAUUGACAGGCAACACCCUUUGAGCGACAUGGUUGGAAUGACACAGAAACCUUGGACACCCACGAAAAGACGAGGCCCGAUUGCCGCCGAAUAUAGCAGCCCAGGGCCAGCCUGUGUAACUCUACCACCGUUAAUCGGAAAAACAGUUCCAGAUUCUAAACGAGAAAGAGCACCAGCAUUUUCCUUUGGUAGCAGACAUACGAUGAAGAAUAAUAGCCCUGGACCAGGCCCUGGACAAUACAAUGUUUCCGGACUUAGUGCAAAAGGAAAGGAUGCUGCACCCGCCUUGUCGCUGCACGGCCGAACGAAAUCGACGAAACCGGAAAUUACACCGGCACCAGGCGAUUACAAUCCACAAAAAGCGCAAAAAGUAAUUCUAGAUAGCUCGCCUAAAUAUUCCUUUGGUGUUAAAACGCAACUCGAGAAAAUCAGUUGUACACCCGCACCGAGCGACUAUCGCGCUGAAAUCGUGAAUCUCUACUAUAAAGCAGCAGCAGCGUUCACUUUUGGCGUAAAAGCUGCAUUGAAAAGACCAAGUGAUAUUCCCGUGUGUCUAGCUCCAGGUACUUAUCAUCCCGAGAAAACGAGACUGGACAGUACACCGCAGUUCACGUUCGGACUUAGAACAUCGCUCGAUAAACCGAGCGACACACCAGCACCUGGGACGUACAGCCCAGAGAAAGUAAACCUGGAAAAAGGUCCGCAGUAUAGUUUGACCGGCAAAGCUCGGGUUGAAAAAUGUAAUGGAACACCAGCGCCAGGCACGUAUUGUCCCGAAAAGGUGAGGCUGGACCCAUCACCACAGUUCAGUUUCGGAUUAAGACCCGCUGUGGAGAAACAGAAUGAUACACCAGCGCCUGGUACUUAUAGUCCCGAAAAGGUGAAUCUAAAUAAAGGACCUCAGUACAGCUUAAGCGGUAAGGGAUCUACCGAGAAACCCACCGAUACACCAGCGCCUGGAACAUAUAGUCCUGAGAAAGUUAAAUUGGAUAGCACACCGCAAUACAGUUUCGGAAUUAGGCCACCUCUGGAGAAAUCCAGUGAUACUCCGGCACCAGGUACUUACAGUCCAGAGAAGGUAAAUUUGGAUAAAGGGCCACAGUACAGUUUGACUGGCAAGGGAUCCGCCGAGAAGCCCGCGGAUACACCAGCGCCUGGCGCAUAUUCCCCAGAAAAAGUCAGAUUGGAUAAUACACCGCGAUACAGUUUCGGGAUUAGACACGCCCCAGAGAAAACCAGCGAUACACCAGCGCCUGGUACUUAUAGUCCAGAGAAGGUAAAUUUAGAUAAAGGUCCACAAUACAGUUUAACUGGCAAGGGACCCGCCGAAAAACUCGCAGAUACACCAGCACCUGGUACGUACUCGCCCGAGAAAGUAAGAUUGGAUAAUACGCCGCAAUACAGUUUUGGUCUGAGACCCCUCUUGGACAAGUCUAGUGAUACGCCAGCACCUGGAACUUACAGCCCAGAAAAAGUGAAUUUGGAUAAAGGACCGCAAUACAGCUUAACCGGGAAACGAUUUGUUGAGAAACCUGCCGAUACACCAGCGCCUGGCGCGUAUUCACCUGAAAAAGUGAAAUUGGAUAUCACGCCAAAAUACAGUUUUGGACUUAGAACGUCUCUCGAUAAACCCAGCGAUACGCCAGCGCCUGGUGCUUAUAGUCCAGAGAAGGUAAAUUUGGAUAAAGGGCCGCAAUACAGUUUGACUGGCAAAGGAUUCACACCGAAGCCUAACGACGUUCCCGCGCCUGGUACGUACAGUCCCGAGAAAGUAAACUUGGACAAGGGACCGCAAUACAGUUUGACCGGGAGAGGAACACCGGAAAAAUUGAGCGACAACCCAGGCCCCGCUGAUUACAAACCAGAGAAAGCUCUAAAUCUGGAACAUAAACCUUAUUACAGUUUUGGUAUUAGAAAACCUUUGGAUAAACCUAGAGAUACACCAGGCCCUGCCGAUUAUACUCCGGAGAAAGCUCUAAAUCUGGAACAUAAACACUAUUUCAGUUUUAGUAAUAGAAAACCCCUCCAUAAGACUCGCGAUACACCAGGCCCUGGUAGUUACAAUCCAGAAAAAGCUCAACAUUUGGAACAUAAACCUUAUUUCAGUUUCGGUAAUAGAAAGCCUUUGCAUAAGUCUAGCGAUACACCAGCUCCCGGUACGUACAGUCCCGAGAAAGUAAACAUAUCUAAAUCGCCGCAAUAUAGUUUUGGCGUUAAAACUGAGAUCCAUGAAAAGGACGCUAUACCAGGUCCCGGCGAAUACAGCCCGGAAAAAGCAAUGCUUUUGUUAGAGAAAGCAUUGCGAUUUACUUUCGGCCUCAGACCACCCAUGAGCAGGCCAGACGGCGUUCCAGCGCCUAAUAUAUAUAACAUCCCCUCCACCCUCGGCGGAACCAAGGAAGGUAACAAGAAAGCAGCGCCCGCCUAUUCGAUAUCCGGUAGGCAAAAAGUCUUUACGGAUGAUCGCGUUUUCGUACCCGGACCGGGUGCGUACGAGGCCGUCAAACCGGACGCGAUUAGAGUGAAAAGUCCGGCAUACAGUAUGAGCGCUCGUUUUCAGUUGCCCGAUGAUCAUUCACAGAUCCCAGGACCUGGAGCACAUUGCCCGGAAAAGGUGCUUCUUGACAUUCCCCCUGCGCACACAUUUGGCAUCAGACACUCUGCAUAUAUUUGUAAUUUAAAGGAUGCAGUUUAUUAAUUUCAUCAAUGAGUGACAACUAUACAUGCAUAAUGAUUUAUUGACUAAGACAUGCUCUCUUGCUUUUUUUUUAAUUGCCUUACAGUAUUUAGUCAGGUCCUGUUCUGUUCUUCUUUUAUGUUUCUAUUUGAUUAUUUUAUUAGCUAUUACUAAUUCUAUAUAUUAAAAAUAUC